GUAAAAAACUAAGUCAAGAAUUUAGCAGGAAAAAUAGCAAAUAAACAUGUCUAACAAGUCCAAAGAUCAUGAAUGGACGGUCGAUGAAGAAAUUGCUCUUCUCCGGGCGGUUUGUAAGUACCGGCCUAUUGGAAUACAUAAACACUUUAGAAUAAUAUCCGUUAUGCAAGAAAUGAGUUAUUUUACCGUUCGUUCGGCAGAAAUCUGGAAAAAAUUGAAGACAUUUUAUGAUUUGGAGCAACUUGAUGAAAUUUCUGAACGCUUUCGUAAUAGAGGGGAUUUUUUGAAGGAGGAAGAUGGGGCAUUUGAUGUGUAUUUUACAGAAUUUCUUUUACCGUGGGAGGAAUAUGGGGAAAUUAUGGAAGAACAUAGACGUGCAAGUGAUAGUACGUCUACAAGUCCUCCACACUUGCCUUAUGGUGCAAUUGGACUGGGUAAAGUUUUUGAAGAAAUACAGGAAAUUGAAACAUUUCAGACAGAGGGUUUAGAGCCGGAGAUAACGGAUGAUGAUUCUCAGCUCAUUGUUUCUUCUAAUAAGAAAAAGAGGCCUUUAGUUUCAAGAAUUAUGCGUCGAACAAAUAAACAAGAGAAACCAAAUACACCAGUUUCUAAGAAAAACAAUGUUUUAAAUACUGUAGCUAGUACACGUACUUUGAAAUUUGAAAAGCCAUUGCAAAAUACACCACCAAAUAUGCGCCGAAGUAGUAGAAAUAAGCGUUAAUAAUUAUAUUUGGUUAAUUGCUCAUUUGGAUUUUUAUUCAAG